GACCUCUUGUUGACAUCUCGAACUUUUCUUAUCAGUGUUUUCGUUCGUAUCCCAUCCAUGCAUACUCAGCAGGAGACGGGCAGCAGUGAGCAGUGAAAACUUCAAAGUGCAGACGAUAAAGAACGCAAAAUCGUAAAAAAAAGGUCGCACUUUCGAUGAAGAUCCAUUAAAACAUUCCAGAUUUUGAGAAAAUGUGAUACUGACGUGCUUUAUACAUUACGAGAAAUUGCUUAUCUUUCGCUAGAAAGUUCCAUAAAUUAUAAUCAGAAUACGCGGCACACGAAACCAAAAUGAGCUCCAAUCUAACGCAAACAGUCCUGUUGACAGUGAAGAACAUCACCGGCAUGAAGAACGCGACGGCGUCCGCUGGGGGAGUGGAAUUGCCCGAUAACAAACACUAUCCCGGCAAUUCGGAGAGUCUGAACUUUCUGUUUAUUCCGCUGGCCGUCCUCAUCACAGUGAUGCUGCUAUCAGUGAUGGUAUAUCUAAUGGCAAGGAAGAAGCAUACGAUUUUUAACAAGCACGUUUACGUGCCUAGUUUCUCGUUCGAUUCAUCGGAUCUUGAAGACGACAACGAUUUGGAAACGGAACACCUGCUGAAGGGUAAGCUCCGCCUAGAUGAACCUUAUUUCAAAGGAAUCAACAGCAACAAAACUUACACAGGUGGAAACGAAAUGUACGCCUAAAGACUUAUAUUUCUGGUUAAUCUCUAUUAUUAUGUUGUUGCCAUAUUAGAUGUUUCCAAAUAUGUAGAAUAGCUGCUCAUGUUAGUAUUACGAAUUAGUAUUUAUUCGCAAACCAAGCAUAAAAACAUACACCAAAAACAUUCCACUUAAACUUUGUGAUAAGUGCUUUUUUAUUACGUUUGUUUAUUAUUAUGAAUUCGUUUAAGAUACAUACUAUUGACAUAGUAAAUUAAGCUUUGGUUUGACUAAGAUCAAACAAUUGCUAA